AUGAGUUCUUUAACUGAGAAACCUCAUAACUGGUUUUGGUUUCUUCAAUCCAAGUGGUUGAUGGUUAACUUUUGCAAGACACAUUUGUCAGAGCAGGUGCACAAAUUGCAAGGAAGGUUCACAUCACUGCAUUGGUUACUGAAAAGGAGUAUGGAUUCACGAAAAUUCUGCGGUGCCUCAGCUGUACCGGUACAGCCGGCUAUCCAACGGCUAAGUUUCCAUGUUAAAAAAGGAUGGCUGAGAUUCAAUGACUUGGUGACCUGUUGA